AUGUCCUCCCUCCGCAACGCCGUCCAGCGCCGCAAUCAUCGCGAGCGCGACCAGCCCACGGAACGCAAAAAAUGGGGUCUUCUCGAAAAGCGCAAAGACUACAAGCUCCGCGCCGCAGACCACAAAACCAAGCAGCGCAAAAUCAAAGCGCUGCAGACGAAAGCCUCAGAACGCAACGAAGAUGAGUUCUACUUUGGGAUGAUGUCCUCGACGACGGAGAAUGGAGUUCGGAGAUCGAAGCGUGGAGAGGAGAAUGCGGGCGGAGGAGGGAAGAGUUUGGAUUUGGAUGUGGUCAACUUGAUGAAGACGCAGGAUCAGGGAUACUUGCAGACUAUGUUGCAGAGGACGAGGAGGGAGAGGAAGCGGCUGGAAGAGGAUGUGCUGUUGGGGGAGAGGGGUGUGAAGUUGGAGCCGGGUGGUGGGAGGAUUGUGUUUGGGGAUGAUGAGGAUGAUGAGGGUGUGCCUGCCCUACCUGCGCCGGCUAAACGUGAAGAUGAGGAUUUCGAUAUGGACCUGGAUGGCUUCGAUGACGAGAGUGCCAGCGAGCAUGAUGAAUCCGAUGACGAAGAUCUGACGCCCGAGCAACGAUCAUUGAAGAGGAAGAAACGACAUGCUUUGCAGACGAAGCGAAGAAAGCUGGAUGCCUUGAAGGAGCAGGAAGAGAAGCUGAGCGCUGCAUUAGAUGGACUCGAUCAUCAACGGGCGAAAAUGAAUGGCACAAUUGGUGGAGUGAACAAGAACGGAGUGUCGUUCAAGCCUCGACAACGGAAGCGAUGA